AUGGCAGAAAGAGGUGGUGGUGGUGUUGAUGAAAGUGGGAGUAAAUCAGGUGAUGAUAAACGUAUCAGUAAUGAACAGGAACCAAUGAUAGAAACUGCUACGGAAGCAAGGGAACCUCCACCCCCAGAUGUUGUGCAGCUGUGUAGAGAGACAUUCCAGAAAACAGCAGAAUAUUUGCGAGGAGAAAUGGAGGGAACUAUUGAAGAUUACAGAUUGUUGGAGAACAUGAAUAAAAUUACCAUUGCAAAGUACUCAGAAAUGAAGAACCUAGCACAAGAUAUUAGUACAUCACUUCAAGAGCUGAAUGAAAAAUACAAGACUCUUCAGCCUUAUCUAGAGCAAAUUGACCAUAUUGAAGAAAAUGUUAGUAACUUGGAGCAAGCAGCAUAUAAACUUGAUGUAUACUCAAAGAGAUUAGAAGCUAAAUUUCGGGCCCUGGAGAAAAGAUGAUUGAGACUGAACAUGUGUAGAGUUUUAUGGACAACUGAUCAGAAGAUCUAGAGGGUUGUUAUAAUCUAUGACAUUGACAUUCCAUCAAAAUCAUUAUUAAAAAUCAUAGUGUUUAUUUAUGUCUGUGUGCAUGUUUCUGAUAUACUGAUCAUUGAUAAGCACCGUGUUAUAUCAAAGAUGUUAGAACACAAUAUAAAAUUAGUAAGAACAAAAGUGCAAAACGUGACAAACCUGAAUUUUCAUUGUGUGUUGGAUAAGAUGAAAAAUAAGUCUCAUAUAGCUUGCACACUAAUGUUCUGUCCCACAGUGUGCAGUAAUUCAAGUGAUCAUUUAUAAUUGAGAAAGUUUACUCCAUUGCUCACCCUUGUUUACAAAAUGGCAUCAGAUUUAGACAAAAUGGCUUUAGAUGACACAGUUCUAGUAUUUUGAAUGAGACAUUUCAAAUUCUGCUUUUGUUGAGUUCAACUAUAAUACCUUUGUUGGUUUCAAAAAGUCAAUGUAAUGUCAACAUGUAAUUUAUUAUUCAUCCAAUGGGAACCAGAGGGGAUUAUAGUCUUUCUGCUAUCUUGUCUGGGCCCUGUCUUCAACACAACUAAUUUUGUGAGACGGUGUGUCAUGUAUCCAAAGUAGGUAACUCUGACAAACAUUUUGACCUUUGAUCAACUUUAAAGUUAAAGAUUAUCUUGGCCCUAUCUAACACACUAAUAAUCACAGGAACUUCAUACAUGGGAUAUGGGUUUACCUGGGUGAGACGGUUACUCAUCUAUCUAAAAGUAGGUCACUCUGACCUUCAUUUUGACAUGUUACUUCAUCAAUGAAAAUCUUGCCAUUUGUGCAUUUUAGAUCUCAUAAUUUCACAUCCAGUGUGGGACUGUAAUUUGCCAAAUUGUCUCGUUGCACAUGACCUGAUCACAAAAAUUGGUCACAAACAAAACUAACUGAUUAGCUGUCUACUGAGUCAGUUGCCAUGGAAAUCAAUUACAUGUAUGUGCGAGUAGUUCCUUGUCUUUUUUCUUGCCUCCCAACCCUACCAAAGGCUAUUUCAGUAAAACAUCUACUUGACCCAAGGAUUCCAUAGAUAUCUUCUAUCCGUAGUUCAGUUUCCUGUCUAUUACUUCUAAGCAAAUUGUCAGUAUAGACCUAAACAAAACUAUGAGUCUUGGGCCAGGAUAGAUGUUUUACUUGAGCAUACCUGACUGCUGGUUCAAGUGAUUGGUUUUCCUGCUUCUCUCCAGUUUUGUUUUUGUUAUUUAUUGUAAACACAUAGCUUCAUUUUUAUUUAAGUACCGAAAACUUGAAAGUUAGAUAUUACCUACUAAAUGAUAUAAUGUAGGAAGUAAUUGAGACUUAAAUGAGACUGUUAUUGUACUACAGUUGUAUUUUUUCUGAGCAGUGAAUUCUCAGUUUCGCAUUACACUUGAUCAGAGUUCUUUUAAAACAGUUUUCAUGUUAUUAUAACAAAUAUGAUACGGAAAAAUUGGAUACAAGUUUUUAUUGUCGUAAAGUGUGGUUUAGUUUUUGUUGUCAGGUUGCAAGACAUUUAGUCUUUCCUUAUUAUGUAAUAUUGUACAAGGAUGUAUUACAUUAGCACUAUCAUCAUUUAAAUCAGUAGAUAUCAGCAGAUUUCAUUCCAUGAUCCUUCUUGUUUAUUUCUAAAUGUCUGUCUACAGAAUGUGAUGUAUAGAGCAUAUGUUAUAUUCUUGCACAAUAUUUCUGAUCAAGACUAAUUAACAUACACUACUAUAAAAUUACAUUACAAUUAGAUAAUCUACACCAUCAUGUAUUUAAGUUAGGAAAAAUGCAAACUUUAUGUCUCAGAAAAUAUAUAUGCCAAAAUGUACAUCAUUGUUUAAGCACUAAAAGUUGCUUAAUAUGGUAUUUCAAUUAUCGUGCUGAUGACAAGGUUAAUACAGUCCAAUUAAGGUUUUGUUAUAUAAUUGUAUAUAUUGAAACAAAAAGAGUGCAAUAUCACAAUAUUGACUGUAAAAUGAUAACUUCUGUGAUUUUAUUGAUUAAAAGAUAUCAAAAUUA